AUGCAUGCUUUUCGUGCUAACCUGCCCGCCAUCUGCUCUACUGUGUGCGCAGCCGGCAGAGGAGGGGAGGACCAGGGGGGCUAUUUGGUGGUGCAGCUGGCAGGGGGACUCAACCAGAUGCGCGCAGGGAUCUGUGACGCGGUGGUGGUGGCAAAGCUGCUGGGAGCGUCGCUGAUGCUGCCGUUGUUGGAUAACUCCUCCUGGUGGGCCGACGGCAGCACAUUUGCGGACGUGUUUGACGCGGGGCACUUUGCGCGGGUGCUGGCGCCGUGGGUGCGCGUGGUGGACCGCCUGCCCUCCGCGCUGCGCCACCGCCCCCCCCUCGACCGCACCGUGCCGCGCGGCUCCACUGCUGAGUACUACGAGACACGCGUCAGAGCGAUGAUCAGAAAGGCGCAGGUGCUGAAGCUGAACCAUUUCGAUUCCAGGCUGCAUGAUCACCUCCCGUUACACCUGCAGAAGCUGCGCUGCGUGGCAAACUACGAGGCGCUGCGCUUCGUGCCGGCGGUCACGCAAGCCGUCACGCGCCUCACCCACGCGCUCACCCACCCCUCCGCCACAGCCGCCACCACUGCCCUUGACCCCGCUGCUCAGGCCGGCGGUGCUGCAGCAGCAGCGCAAGGCACACAAGGGCAGCGGGGAGAGAGGGAGCAGGUUGAGGGAGGGAUGCAGGCGAAGGGGAGUGGUGGGGCGGUCAAGUAUGUCGCGAUUCAUCUGAGGUACGAGCCGGACAUGCUGGCAUUCACGGGGUGCGAGUACGAGGGGGGCGCGGAGGAGAAGGUGCUGUUUGAGUCCAUUCGACAGCGCUGGGCCAACCUGCCCGCCAUGGACGCUGAGAAGCAGAGGGCCAAGGGCAUGUGCAUCGUCACCCCCUCCCAGGUGGCAGUGGCCUUGCAGGCGCUGGGCUUGCCACCGUCCACGCGCGUGUACAUCGCGUCGGGGGCACUGCACGGUGGGGCGGCGGCGCUGCAGCCGCUGCUGCACGCCUACCCCUUCACCACGGACAAGCACUCCCUCGCACACUCCCACGCCAUGGCCCACGCCCGCACAGGGGGGCGCGACGAUGACGACGAUGAGGGGGAUGAGGCAUGGGGUGCGGGUGGGGGCGGGAGCAGGGAAGAGGGGGUGAGGGGGGAGGGGGGAAGGGCGUUGGCAGGGGUGGAGGGGCGCAAGACGCUGCUGGCGGCGGUGGACUAUGAGAUGUGUCGCGGGGCAGCGCUGCUCGUCACCAACAACAAUGGCAACAUGGCCCACCUGCUAGCGGGCCACAGAAGACCUCUACCACAACAGCUCUCUUCCCCUCCCUCUCCCUCCACGUCUCCCCCACCUCAUCCCCUUCCCCGCCGCAUGCGGCCACCCAUAGGUGCAGGUGUUGGGGAAGGGGAGCUUGGGGCACAUAUGCAGGUGGCGUGUGCGCCGCACACAGCCUAUAGCACUCGUGGGGAGAAGGGCAGUCAGCAGCUGAUUCGGAGCGAGAACGCCUCGUGUGUGCCAUGA